AUGUCGGACGUUCCGCCUUUGUGCUCUAUGCAUACUUAUUUGCAAUGGAAAUUAAGUGUUGAAAGCCAUUCAUUAGCAUAUGCUGCUAAAGCUACAACCAAAGAUAUAUUGUUCGCUGUGGAUAUUCCUUUCCCACUACUGAGAGCCUGGUACAACCUAGUGGUGUUGAAAAAGCCCUUCCAGACAUCCUGCACCUGUGAUCCUAAGAAAAUAGGCAUCAACUUGCCCUCAAAUUUUCCACAGUUUACAUAUAUCGAGUUGUUUGAAUUUGCAAUUCCUGGUAAUUCAUUUGGUCUUACACAUGAUCAAGUUGUGCGGUCAGAAAUAAAUAACUCUCUUCGGGUUAUGGCGGCAAAAGUGUAUGUAGAGUAUGGCAAAAAUAGGGGGAGGAAAAGACAACAACUAGAUUUAAAGGCCAAAAGGUUCCAUAUAUUUGAUGGACAAACUAUUUCAAUUAAGCAACUUGAGGAAGAAAACACACUUAUUCAUGGCGAGAUGCAAAAGUGGAAGGAAAGAAACAGCAACUUGGAGUCGGAAAUGAGGAAACUAUAUUAUGAAAUGGGGAGGGCAUUGGAAGAAAAGGAUGAGAAAAUUGAAAAGCUAGAAACAAAAAAUGAAGAAUUGAAACAAUAUAUUGAACUUCUAGAAAAAUCUGAAAAGAUGGAACACCAAGGAAAAGAUAUCUCUGAAACAAAGAAAAAGUCAAGGACGCUCAAAAAAUUUUUGUCACGAGCUGAAACUGCUUUAUGGUUCGCAAGAUCUUUUGGACUGGAAUUGAAAAGUGUAAAUGUUAAAGAAAUCAACUCUGGUAUUGCUCAUAAUUUAAUGAUGGAAAACAAUGUUACUGGUAGCACAGAGAAUACUGGAUUUGAUGCCCUCUCAGAGGAUGAUAAGGAUAAGGUAGAAAAAGUUCUGUUUCUCUUGGAUAAGUUCUGUGUGGGCGAUGCUUUUUACCAUGAGAUAACCAUGCUGGUAGAUGGCUUGCCAAAGUCAUAUUUAAUUAAGCAAAGAAGAAGCCAACUUGAUAAAAUGUACCAUAUAACCUCAACACCCGGGGAAGACCAUGGAGCACAACUUCCAUUCAAGGAAUUGUUACAAAAUAGAAUAAAGGAAUAUUUAAUUACUCACCCCAAUGCUGCAAAAAACAAUGAAACAAUUAAAGUUAAAAUUUCUGGAGAUGGAGCACAAAUGACUAGAACAUCAAAUUUUAUUUUGAUGAGCUUUGCUCUUUUGGAAUCUACAGAUGAUAUUUUGGCAGCGAAAGGAAAUCACACCAUAGCGGUUGUAAAGGGCAAAGAAGAUUAUGCUGUAUUGAAAAAUUGUUUCAAAGAUGUAUUGAGUGACAUAAAUGACAUGGUAAGAGAAAAGAAAAUAGAUCUGGGGGAAGAUAUAGUAAAUUUAGAGUUCUUUCUUGGUGGGGAUUAUAAAUUCAUAUUGCUUAUGAUGGGUCUUAGUGGUGCCACAUCAAACCAUGCCUGCGCUUGGUGCAAAAUCCACAAAGAUGAGAGGUGGAACAUGGCUUACGACUUGAACCACUACAACUCACCACCCCUUAAGCGUACAAUAAAAGAAAUGAAAGAAUUAGCAGGGGGAAAAAACAAUUUCUGUUGUGUGAAUCCCCCCCUAAUAGAUAUUGAUUUGGACCAUGUGAUACUAGAUGAAUUGCAUUUGCUAUUAAGAAUCAUGGAUAUUUUGAUUAAUAAUUUGGUUACUGAAGCUGUACAUUGGGACCAGCAAGAUAAUUGGACCAAGAGAAAGGACCAAACAACAAAACAUUUAGAUAAAUUAGAUCUUGUGGGGUCACAUUUGAAAUUUGGGAAAAAUCCAAUGCAGAUGGCAAAAGAUCUGGCCAAUAUGACUUUACUAGUUUAUUGGGGCCUGACAAGAAAAAAUUAUUGA